AUGCCCGCGGGAACUAAGAGAGACCGAGACGGCAACGCGCGCUCCAGAUCAUCGCAGGACGCGCCCCGCACCAGAUUCCAGUCCCUGUUUGAAAACUUUCGCGAUGAGCUGGAUGAGCACUAUGAUCGGAAGGAGAGGGUAGUCAAGGCGUCGAGGGACGUCACCGCCCAGAGUAAGAAGAUAGUAAAACACAUCAACCAAGGCCUGCCCCCGUCUACGGAAAAGGACGUGACCACACGCAUGGCUGAAAUCACGGCACUCCUGCAAUCCAUCUCCCCGGAUGUGCAGUCCAUAAACCGCCACCGAUACAGCUGGUCGCUUCGAUGCCUCGAGGAGCUGGUCGAGGCGCUCUCGUUUGCGCACUACCUCCGCCACCAGAAGCUGAUUACUCCCCAGGAGGCGGCGGCUUCUACCCCGGGAGACAUUGCGCUCACGCCGCACGACUACAUGUUUGGCGUCUUUGACCUCUUUGGCGAAAUGAUGCGGUUUGCGACGGUGACGACGGCGCAGCAUGGGGAGAUGCUGGGCGGCGAGGAUGGGCGGAACAUACUGGGCGAUAUUCAGGAGCUGGGGUGUGCGUUUGAGGCGCUGCGGGAGAUUCCCACCAGGGACUACAGGAACAAGAUGGAGGCCAUGAGGCAGAGCGUGAGCAAGGUGGAGAAGCUGGGCUACGGGCUUGCUGUCAGGGGGAGCGAGAGACCCAAGGGGUGGGUGCCUGACAUGAAGGACGACGUGGAGGCCGGGAGUCCCUGA